UUUUGUUUUACUCCCCCCCCCCACCUCCCGUGUAUCCGGUCACGUGACGCGCGCUUUCCCGGAAGUGACGUCCGCACAGUGUAGUUCCGGUGUCAUCUGUGGAGAGAGUGAUGAUGGCGUCGGCGCGGAGCCGGGUCGGGCUGGUUGUGCUGCUUUUGACAGUUGUCGCGUCCGUUGCUGUCGGUCGGGCAGAAAGCGGCGACCCCUCCCGGUGGUCCGUACGCCUCUCUCCGAAUGACACGACAUUCACUUUCGGGAAGAUCCUUUUUCGUGACUCCAUCAUCUAUAUCAGUUUUGAAGGAGGUCAUAAAUCCUGCAGUAAUUUUAACAUCACUUGGUACCUACGCCAUUGCAACUGCUACAAUGAGAUCUCUGCAUAUAAGGAAGAGAAUAUGUUCAGUUAUCUUAACUCUGGUCCUUCCUUUACUGUACAUGGAUGGAUGGGCUCCUUCAUCAGGAUGUCGAACCAAAUUUCCUACUGUGAAAACUCAACAAAGUCUCGGAUACAAUGUAAGGAGACUAUGCCACUUAAGGUAGAUGACGGCACAUCUGAGAAAAAAGAUAACCAUGUUCCCACGAUUAAUGCUACAGUAUGUCCUGCUGACCAGGAGAGAGAUGCAGCAGUGAAGACCUGGCAAGAUGGGCCAUACCUCUUUAUUGUACAAGUGAACUUUUCUGCUCCCCUGACUCAGGACCCAGGUUCUAACCCACAGAAUGAAGUUCCUGCUGGUUCUGCUGGACCUACUAGUUCCGCUGACAUGCCUUUAACCAUGAACAUUCAAGUGAAAGGCCCUUAUCAAUACUUAUCACCUGCUGACUAUCCACGCAUGAUUUUCUUCAUGGUGAUGUGCAUUGUAUACGUUCUCUUUGGUGCCUUGUGGCUGGCCUGGUCUGCAUGCUACUGGAAGGACUUGUUGAGGGUUCAGUUCUGGGUUGGUGCUGUGAUCUUGCUGGGCAUGCUGGAAAAAGCCGUAUUCUACGCCGAAUUCCAGAACAUCCGCUACUACGGAGAGUCUGUUGAAGGAGCAGUAAUCUUGGGAGAACUGUUAUCGGCAGUAAAGAGAUCUCUGGCUCGGAUACUAGUAAUAAUCGUAAGCCUGGGCUAUGGCAUCGUCAAACCCCGACUUGGGGCCACUCUGCACAAGGUUGUAAUGGCUGGUGUACUCUAUCUCCUCUUUUCCGGGAUGGAAGGUGUCCUACGUGUUACAGGACAUGACAUCUAUUCCAUGGCACUGAUAUCAAAUCUCUGCCUGUCAUUUAUUGAUGCCUGUAUUCUUUUUUGGAUCUUCAUAAGCCUGACUCAGACCAUGAAGCUACUGACUCUGCGGAGGAAUGUGGUCAAGCUGUCUCUGUACAGACACUUCACAAACACCCUUAUCCUGGCUGUAGUAGCAUCAAUCAUUUUUAUUAUCUGGACAACUAUGAAGUUCCGAUUCGUGGACUGUCAGUCGGAUUGGCAGGAGCUUUGGGUGGAUGAUGCAAUUUGGCGCCUGUUGUUCUCUAUGAUUUUGUUUGUCAUUAUGAUCCUGUGGAGACCGUCUGCGAACAAUCAGAGGUUUGCCUUUUCACCACUUAAUGAAGAAGAUGAGGACGAAGACGAUGAACAGAAAGAACCUAUGUUAAAAGAGAGCUUUGAGGGGAUGAAGAUGAGAAGUUCAAAGCCAGAAACUAACGGAAAUGCAAAAGUAACAAAAGCUGAGGAAGACUUGAAGUGGGUAGAAGAGAACAUUCCUUCAUCGGUUACGGAUGUGGCUCUCCCCACGUUAUUGGAUUCUGAUGAGGAGAGGAUGAUCACGCAUUUUGAAAGGUCUAAGAUGGAAUGAAGAAACAGGAUGAAGUCUUAAGAAGCAACAGACGAGAUACAGGACGGGGCAGCAUACUGGAGAUCAGAGUAGCUGCCCUCGCUUUGAAGGUUGAAGGAAAAGUAUCCUGCGAAGACUUCCCUUGGAACUAAUCCUUUACCUUUCAAAUCCCGAUUAUUUUAACACUGUCAAAGUGUUCGCCCAACGAUAACAUUGUUCUGUCCAAAGCAGGAAGCCUGGAGCCAGAAACAAAAGGUUUUUACCUGAAAUCGGUCAAUCUUGCCUAGUGAAAAAAAUCAUAUAAAACUCCGGUGUGGACAAAAGUGAUUUCUGCUGAACUGGAACCAGACAAGUCUUUACAGAACUUGCACUUUACUUAACAUGUAUUUUGGGUUUAAUUUAAAAGAGGAAGGAAAAAAAAAAAAACGUUCUCAGAGACUUGCCGCAUCUUUGUAUUGAGGUGGCCAGCCGGGUGAAUGUUUGUGGGAUAUUUUGGGGGGUUAAUUCUGUUUACAAAACUCUUGCUUACAGUUUUUAGUUUCAGGGUGUAUGCACGUGUACAGUAUCCUGCGCAUAUUUGAUUCUGCAGAUUUGAAGCCGUGUCAAAUCUGAAGCAUCAAAUAUGCGUAAGUUACGGUACGUGUGAAUAAACCCUUAGGAGUAGGGUCACACAUGAUGUAUUUUGCUGCGUAUUUUCCUUCCCAUUGAAUUCAAUGGGUAACAAAAUACGGCACACGUGACCCUAUACUUAUUGUGUCCCUCCCCCCCCCUCCCAGCAUCCAAAGAAUCCCUGUGAUCCUUACAUCUGAGCAUUUAAUGGGACUUAACUUGUGCAUGAACUUAUAAUGCAACUCAGCAGGGUACGGUAACAUGGGUUAAGAGGGGAAAAAAAAAAAAAACAGGCCAAUGUGAUAGGAUUUGGUUACUUUGGGUACUGGUUUUAUGGACAGAUAAAGUGGCCUUGUUACCCAUAAGAAACAAUUAUCCAUAACUAUAACUUUUUAUUUUCUGGUGCAGUUUAGAAAAUUUACUGGGUGAUUUUUAUUUUUUUACUUUAUUUUUUUUUAUAUAUUUUUAUUUUUUUGCUUUUGACAUGUCAGAAGUUUUGAUCAAUGAGCCAAAAGGCUGUCCGGGCAUGCUGGGAGUUGUAGUUUAGCAACAGCUGGAGGCACAAAGCUUGGGAAAAACUGGUCUAGUGAUGGAGACAUCAACCGAUCUAAACUUUUGAACUGUUACUAUGACAUGUUAAAAAUAAUAGUUUCCUUUUAAAGGGUCUACUCCUGGAUACUGAACUCAUCAGACACUUAUCCCUUAUCUACAGGAUAAAAGAUAAGUGGGUGAUCGCAGGGGGUCUAACUGUUGGGACCCCCUGCAAUGUUUUGUAUGGGGCCCUCGGCUACUUUACUGUCCCCCUCCUUUAUUGGAAGAUGCAGCGAUGUCCCGCCUCAACUGAUGAUUGGCUCAGCAGACCGUCACUCACUCUUGUCCAGGAAGGUGGGGGCGGGCAAGCAUGGAGGACAGGUAAGUAGCUGGGGCCCCGUACAGGAGAUGGAAGGGGGUCCCAGGUGACGUACUUCCCAUGAUCAGACACUUAUCUCCUAUCCUGUAGAUAGAGGAUAAGUGUCUGAUAAGUUCAGUUCCCUGGAGUAACCCUUUUAAGGGCAACUUUGAUUUAAAAAAACAAACUUUAAAACUGGGUUCAUACCACAUUUUUACAGUACAGUUCCUUUAUCAGGUUUUUGAUAAAAAAAUAAAAAAAAAAUAAAAAAAAAUCCUCAAAACCUGACUAAAACUGUUUCAAAAGUUAUGUACAAAUUUUAAUCCGUUUACGGUUUGAAAAAUGAUGUCUGGUUGCAUCCAUUUAUUAAAAGGAAAAAAGUAUACAUUUUUAACUUUUCACUCCAUUAUGAAUAAAGUUUCACUUGUUUGAUUGAAAUUCCAAGAAAAAAAAAAACUGUGCAAAGUCAAAAACCGUAAGGUAAAAACCGGAUGGAACCGUAUGCACAUACGGUUCUCAUUGACUCCCAUGUUAAAAUAAAAUGUAAAAAAAUAAAUAAAAUUAU